AUGUUACAAUAUCAAUGGAAUAAUAAUUUUGCUGGUUUGCCUUCUAACUCUAAUUCUAAUAAUAUAUUUGAUAAUAUUCCUUCUAAUAAUAAUAAUAAUAAUAAUAAUAAUAAUAAUAAGGUUAAUGGUGGUGUAUCACAAAUUUUAGAUUAUGAUAUUCAAAUAAUGUCUGAUUUCAUUAUAAAAUGUAGUUUAAUAGCAUUUAAUAAUCCUUCAAUAUACAGUUAUGAAAUAGAUAAUAACAACAAUGAUAAUAAUAUUAAUAAUAUUAAUAAUGACAUGAUAAAUUACUUAAAUAAACUCAAAUCAGUAUUAGAUGCAACAAGACUGCCUAAGAUUACAAUAUUUCAGAGUUUAGACAUCUUAUUCAAAUAUAUAAAUAAAAUUGACUUAUUGGAAGAUAACUUAAAAAUGAUUUCAAUCAAUUCGAUUUAUCAACACAUUAUAAUAUCCUUUAUUCUAGCCAAUAAAUUUAAUGACGAUAAAACUUUUACAAAUAAAUCGUGGUCGCACGCUACUGGGAUCCCCAUAGCCAAUCUGAACGACUGGGAAAGAAAUUGGUUGUCCGUAUUGAAUUGGAGACUCUUUGAUGAUAAAUUUGCAUCCUAUGAUAUUUUAUUAAAUUCUUAUGAAAAUUUUAUUAGAGAAAAACAAACUAAUAACAACAAUAAUAUUAACAAUUAUAGUAGUAGUAAUAAUAAUAAUAGUUACAAUAGUACUAUUACUAAUAAUAAUAAUAAUAAUAAUAAUGACUUUUUCCUAUUUUCUUCACCUUUACAAUCCCCAUCUAUUAUCAAAGAUACAGAUUUUACUAACAGGAAUGGUGGUUUCAAUUAUGAUUAUUAUAUUUUCGGUCAAGGAUCAUUACCGCAAUUAUCACCAUCUCUUUCUUUACCUCAACAACUACCACAGCCUAUAAACAAUGUGGUAUUGCCUAAUUCGAAUGAUUACCAAUAUUAUUCUACAAUACCAUUAUCGCUGCCCUACCAACAUGUUAUACCACAACAACAAAACUAUAUGUCAAGUUCAGUACCAUUACAACAAUGUUUUAUACCGCAUUCAUCGGUAGUACCUCAACAACAACAACAAAAUUACCAAGUAGACCCGAUGUAUUCUUUUUCAGGAGCUUACAACAACAAUAACAGCAAUAGUGACAAUAUUUGUAAUACGAACCUCAAUAACAAUAUUUAUUGGAACCAAAAUGUUAAUGCAUUUAAUGCUGCUAUUCCCACUGUUGUAAAUAAUAACACUAAUACUAAUAUGAAUAGUUUUUAUUAUCCAGACUUUAAAAGUUUUAAUAUGAUAAACCCAAUUAAUAAUAUAAAUUACAAUAUAGUGUAUUGA